GCUGCUGCUACUGCGAUGUGUGUACGCGCGCAUUCCGUGUAUGCGUCGUGUCCGUGUGUGUACUGUGUGAUGGCGGUAUUGCGUUUCAGUGUUAUGCCAUUUCUUUUGUGGGAAGAUUUUUGAGUGAACGGCAAAUAUGUCGAAUUCGGUGCCGGACAGAUGGUUAGAGUACAAACCUUUUGGUAAUGUGAUCGAGGGCACCAAUCUUUUAGCAUUCAAAGUUCCAUUGAAAGACGCUAUAGCGAAGAAUCUACAGCCACAGCAACGAUUUACGACGACAAUAUUGCUGGAAUCGUUUCCCCGUCUCAAAUAUAUCAUCGAUCUGACAAACACGUGUCGCUACUAUGAUAAAAAGGAAUUUACAAAUGCUGGUGUUAAAUACGAGAAGAUUGCUAUACCGGGAAGAAAAGUGCCGCCUAUGGAUCUAAUUAAAAAAUUCUUUAAAGUGAUGGACGAUUUCAUGGCAACAUGCGGUGAAGGUGAACUUAUAGGAGUCCAUUGCACACACGGUGUGAAUCGUACUGGUUAUCUAAUUUGUAGGUACCUCAUUCAACAGCUAGGCUGGGUAAUUCAAGAUUCUUUAAAAGCUUUUGGAGACGCACGCGGAUAUCCCAUCGAACGCGACAUUUAUCUCGCCGCAUUGAAAGAGCUUCAAUGCGGUGAGAGGAUCGAUACGAGCAAUGUCAUUUUGAGGUCGAAGAGUCCUAUCGCAGUUCCAACCAAGAGGAAUUCGUUGAAAGCACGCUCGUCAUUAAAAAACUUGACAAGUCGAUCGAUGGGACCGUCGGGAUUCGCGAUGUCGCGCCGAAGUUUCGCGAACGGCGGUCCGUUUUCACCUCAGAGAUUCGCGGGCCCACCACCGGGAUUUGGACCGAUGCCUCCUCCUCCGCUUGGUAUGCCUCCUAUCCCGCCGCCCAUGUGUCCACCGCUUUACGGGCCUAGACCGUUCAGGUAUGGGCCGCCGCCGAUGCGCCCGGCAAUGCCGCCGACCCCGCCCGGACCCGGUUUCCCGCAUCCUGGUUUUCCGCCGCGUAUGCCAGGUCUGCCGAGAAUGGCGGGUCCACCACGAUUGCCGGUCGGUCCAGUUGCACGAUUACCGCCGCCGAAGAUGCCGCCGCCAAAAAUGCCGCCGCCACCACCGCCACCCCUGCCUUCCAGAACGGCAGUGGCUAAGCAACUUCAAGGGCAGAAGAAAAAACAGCAAAUUAGAAAUGGUAUCAUGGAGCGCGCAAUAAACAUUCGUUUAAGACGAAACGGACCGGCCAGCAGAAUCAUGCCUAAAGUACAUAAAGAACAAGACUUCACCGUGGAUACGUUUGAGGAAAAUUUACUUACAACUUCAGUUGCCACGCAAUCACGACGACAAACAAAGGGACGAUUUAAUCAACCCAAGUGACCAUGUAUUCGCUAGGAAUACGAUGAUACUUAAACGUACGACUUUCUGUGUAACAUUAACGCUGAGAUUGACAAGCGAGGAACUCUAUGACGAGCAGUAAGGCUGUCUUUUGUGACAAGUACGAUAUGACAGAGUCGGUUCAAUCUGCACGACGGGUUGAUUGUUGUUUAAUUUGGACGAUAAAGUUCGAACAGAUCCGAAUUGUGCGUGAAUUGUAACAUGCCACAUCUAUUCGAUAUCACUAACACAUACUUCUUGUUAAGAUUUUUUAUUUUACUUUGUAUUUUAUAUGGGUCAUUGAUGAGUGAACACACUUGAAAAUCUUAUGACUAGUAGUAUUAGUUUAUUUUAUGAUUUAUGUACAUAUAUAUACAUGUAUACUUAUCACGCGCGGACGCGUUUAUGUAUAUAUGAAUGCAUAUGUAUGUAUGUUGUGUGUAAACUUUUGUAAAAUCAAUGUUCCCAAAAAAAAGUAUCUUUGUAGAUCAGUGUUUUAUAAAAGCAUUAUUCUAAAGAUAAUAAAUAUUAGUAUACGCAUAUAUAUAUAUAUGCAUAUACUAUAUACAGAUUGUCUGAUAAUAAUUGCCCCACCCGUAAUGGGUGCAGGUAGAGUGGGUUAAACCGACUAGGAAAGUCCUCUACUGUUUUGCGAUCUUUGCAAUAAUUAUUGAGAAAUCAAUUAAAAAAGAUUGGUCAAUUUGUGCGAGUAUUAGCACGGCCCCAUUGAUAUGUGGUUGCUAGAUCACGAGAAUCCAGCAUUAUAUACCGCUCGUCGUAACUGUUGUAAUUUGCAGAGCGCGCCUACCGACUGCAUAUUUUUUUGAGUUGUCUCUCUUUGCUGUGCGCUUAUACUAACGCAAAUUGAUCUUAUAUUUUUUAAUGAAUUUCUCAUUAAUUAUUGCAAAGAUCCCAAAAUGAUAGAGAGGACUUUUCUAUUCGAUUUAACUCGCUUUACCUGCACAUUAUGGCUGAGGCGAUUAUUAUUAGAUACUUUAUAUAAACGAUGUUAUUAAUCAUUUAACAAAUGAAUUUGCACGCAUAUCGACACAUUCAAUAAAAAAAGCGCGUAAAUUUUAUGUGUAAGUUAUUAAUAACUGUGUUUAUAUUUAAUUUUUAUUUUAAUAACUGAUUAAAUUACAUACUCUCAAUUAUUUUAAAAUUAAUUAGAAUUAUUUGUUAGAGAGAGAGAGAGACAUUCAGUAUCAUGAGAUUGCAACAAAAAUUCUGGGAAAAUUUGUUAUCUUGUUUAUAUGCAAUCUUUGUUCUCAAUGGGAAAGUGAAAUAUUAUUAUAGAAAGAGUUUAUGUCUCACUGCUUAUGACUUACUUUAAAGUUACUAUACUAUAAAUAUUAUAUUAUCUAUAAAUUAAGUAUCAUUUUAUGUAUUUAAUUUUUUAUGAGAUAUGACGUUCUUAAGAAUAUUCAGUUUAAAUGUUUGAUAUUUUUCGUUUAUAUUAUGCAAAUUGCAAAUCCGCAACAUCAUUAUUUAAAUCAACUAAUGAAUUGUCUAAAAAUCAAAAGAUUUUAUGGAAAUAGAAUGGACAGAGUAAAACAGACAGUAACUCUAUGUACAAUUUUAAAUAAAAUAUGUGCAUUUAGAUAUAAGAGAUAUGCACUAUUAUAAUUAAA